AGCUUUCCAAACAUCCUUUAUGUUUGAGAUGUUGCCGACGUUCCCUCCUUAGCUCUGAUUUUCUUUCCCGUACCGCAAAAUGCCCUUGUGACAAAGGGGUUUCCCUCCAGACAGCUCCACUGACUUCACUUUGUGUCGGUCAUCACAAUGUCGGAACCUGCUGGCGCACCCGGUGCAUCCGAUGCCCCGACUAGAGAUGAAGAGCGAUUAGAGCCGUUGAGUUUCACUCUUCAGAUUAUCUCGCCCUCCAUUGGCGUCACUGGUCCCCUCUGCUUUCCCCUGCUACCCGCCACAGCGACAGUCAAGCAGUUGAAGGCAAAGAUUCGAGAUGCUCUGCCCUCGAAGCCGGUCGAUGAAAGCCAGCGGCUUAUUCAUCGAGGCCGUAUGCUUGCGAGAGAGACAGAGACGAUGUUGGAGAUUUUUGGCCAAGAGACGCUUGCCAAUCCCGAACCCCAAACUCUACAUCUAGUGCUUCGGCCUACAGCCUCAGAAGGUCCAUCUACUCGAACUCCUGUCCCAGUUCCAGCUACCCCCGCUCAACCUCCGAAUCUGAAUCCUAUUGCGCAACAAUUCCCACGGCCCCAGUCUACGCCUACAAACCCGAUUUAUGGUAUGCAUGCCCAGCAACCUCUUCCCGGCUUUCAGCAUGUGCAGCAGCAUCAGGUCCUACACCAAGUUGAACAUAUCCAGAAUAUCAUGGCUCAGAGGCUUCAGCAGUUGCAGCGGGAAACUCAGCGGUUGCAUCAGGAAAUGGGGUUGCUUGAUCAGAGAACACGUACACAAGCCGUACCAGGAUCUCUCUUUGCAAGCCAGCAGCCUCCUGCUCCACAAAAUCCAGCAGCAGCACAAACUAUAUUCCAACCUCCCUUGCGCCAACCUCCAGCUCCCCCUGCUUUACUCCAAAAUUUGAUCAACCAACAGCAAAGGGAGCGUGCCGCUGACGGUCGUCAAGGUGUACAAGAUACCGGUGGAAAUCCUUCUACCUUUGGCCCUGCUCCUCCAUCGGUGUCUGGCCGCUCAAGCCCAAAUAUCCACCGGCCCGAUCAUACGACCACGUAUACUCGAGAAGGCGUUGGUCCCAACGGAGAGAGAUGGCAUGUGACGGUAAAUGAGACAACUACCACUGUCCCUAUUGCACAGUCGCAACCGCAACCACAUCACCAUCAUCAUCACCAACACGGUGGUGUGAAUCCUGCACUGGAUAUUCAGGCAGUCCUGCGAAAUGCAGACAGAUUCAUGGCCGCUCAAGGAGGGCGAAACAACAUGCAAAGAAGUUCCUCCGUCCCACCUGGGGGCUCAGCUCCAUUUGCUCCGAGCAUCACUCGACCGGGGACGCCUGGAUCAAUGAAUACCCCUGCUACAACAAGCAGUUCCCCACCAGCCUUAUUAGUUCCGAAUCCCCCCACUUUACCAACUUGGAAUCCAAAUCAUCAACUAGCCCCUUCUAUUCCCCAAUCGUCAAAUGGACCUGUGGUCUAUAUUUUAUCCUCUCCUUCCGGACCUCGAGCGCUGCUUGUUAAUAACGCGGAAGCUUUCUUUACCCCACGCCAGCAUUCGAGACGCCAUCAAUCACCUGCUACAGGUCUUGGCCAAGCAAGAGCACCAGUAGGCCCUGCAGAUUAUCGUAUCAGACCUGCCCAACGGGCUCGGCGCAACCACCAACAGCAAGACGGUGCUCCACUUGAGCCUAUAAAUGCUCCUCAUGCUAACCCGGGCGGCGGAGCGAUGGCCGCACGGGUUGGGCCCCUUCUCUGGCUUGUUGUGCGUUUGAUUGGAUUUGUAUGGUUCUUUACAGCCGGCAAUCCUAGCUGGACCAGGUGGCUGAUGGUGAGCGGACUUGCAUUCGUCGUAUUCAUUAUCAACACGGGAAUCUUUAAUGGAGUCGCCGAGCAGGUUUGGGGUCCUGUUCGGAGGCAUCUUGAAGGCCUGAUACCUCUCGCUCCUGAGAACCCUCCUGAGAAUUUCGUCGCCUUAAACGCUCGAGAGCUCAAUCGGAGGGAGGAACUACGGAGAGUGGCAGCCGCAGACCCACAACAACCUGGUGCGGCAGCCCCGCCGGCAAAUGAAGUUCCACAGCAACGGCGUCGGCCAGGUGAACUCGAUCCGGCCGAGGUUGCCGCACGACUACUCGACCAACACAGACAAGCUAAUGCAGGAUGGCUAAUCACACAAAUACGACGGGCUGAGCACUCUUUACUCUUGUUUCUUGCUAGUCUAGUCCCAGGAGUGGGUGAACGACAUGUCAGAGCUAGAGAGCUUGAAAUUGCUGCCAUUGAGGAAGAGAGACAGCGCCAAAUUGCAGCCGCAGAAGCGGCUAAUGCUACUGAAAAUGCGGAUGGCGAGGCAGUUGGACGAAGCACAGAAGUUGCGGGCGAGAACAGCGAGCGUGUUCAAGCUGAAAAUCAGGAUACACCCGCUGUUCGACCUCUUGUUGAGGUCUAAGGAGGACUCACGUGGCGAUGAGGACUAUGAGACACACCUUCUAAAAGAAAAGCAUAGCUUAGAGACAAACGACAAGAAGCUCAAUGUUUGACUUAAUUACAAACGAGCUCCAACAGAGAGAACUCGCGUGACUUUCAUCUGAACCUUCCCUCAAACUCAACCCAAUUUUCCUCUUAAUUUUUGAACAGAUUAGCUGGAAUUUUUUGGUGUUGUUGCCACGAGGUUUGAUUUGAUGUGACUCCAUAUCUGGAUUGAUACAGCCAGGUCCCUUCUUGGACUCUCAGAUUCCACGUCACAAAUUCACAAGACGUACAAAAGGGAGUUUUCUUAUCAUGGAACAAUAAUGUAUAUUAAG